CUUGAGCAACACCGUGACGGCAAUGAGAUCAUCUUGACGUGUCCAAGCAGAACUGCAUCGGAAUCAGCUACAGAAAAGGCAAGAGGAUGUGCGGCAUUCUACUGAUGCUGUUGCAUCAUUGGGUGAUCAUCAUGCUUCACUCAUGGGCAGCACUGGCAGCAGCAUUCACCCACACGGCGCCAACAGUCUUUCGGCAUCCAUCUCGCUCAUGGCGUUCGCGUCAUCACCACUCGGUGGCUCUCCUUGGCGAUAAGAUGUUGGCAGCAUUCUCGCACAAGAACGGCCUCAAUCAGCGUGCGGCAGCAAUGGGAAGCGAGGUGGACAGCGACUCUCAUCGGGAAGGUGGGAUGACUAUUGAUGGCUCUGGUGGCUUUGGGCUCUCCCUGGACAAGGCCGAGAAGGUGAGCGACGAAGAGAUCGAUGGCAUUGUGAAGGCCAUGUCGGAGAGCAAAGGAGGAGAUCUCGAAGGCGAAAAGUACCAGUGCAGUACGGCAGACGAGGACCCGAUUGUGAAGGCGCUAAAGGGCAUUCUGGGAUGCGAGCAGGUGACCUCAUUCGAGCUACUUGAUAGCAGGUGGGUGGGUGGUUUGAGAGAACAAUAUAUAUGUGCACAUGAUUUAUGGCUGGUUGCCUAUGUGGUUGCCUAUUUCCCGUGUGUUGAUGUCAUGUCCGUCCGUCCGUCGGUCGUCAGAUGGAAUGGCAACGAGGCGGUCAAGUACAUGACUGACAAAGGCCCCUUCUUCGUCAAGAUGAACAGAGUCGAGCACCUGUCCGUCUUCAUGCAGGAGGCUGUCAGCCUCACGGCCAUCGCAAAGACCAACACCCUUCGUGUGCCCAAGCCGCUUCAUGUGGGAGUGCUCCCAAAGGUACUUACUGCAAAGUCUUCGUGUGAGUGAAAGACAGUGAGUGCCCUGCAUUGACUGUCGUCUGUCUGUCAGGUCGGCUCGUUCGGCCCUGGCUCAUUCAUGGUAUUGGAUUAUCUGCCCUUGAUUCCGUUCGGUUCCCUGCAAGCGGAAAAUCAGAAAGCUCUCGGGCGGCAGCUAGCAGACCUGCACCUGGACGACUCUCACGAUGCUGUUCAUGCCGGGCGGUUCGGGUUUGUCGUCAACAGCUUCUUGUCGCUCACUCCCCUCAACAACACUUGGACGGACGACUGGUGCGAUUUCCUGGCUCGGAGGCUGGGCGAUCAGCUGCAUGUACAGAGCACCUCCAUCCGUCACAGAGCAUACAGACAUGUGAAUGGCAAUUUACCAUAUGGACCUCUUGUCCGUGUAUGGUGUACUGUGCUGUGACAGGGUCUGUACGUGGACAAGGCCUACGGUCGAGCCCCACUGGACAAGGCCGGCGCCCAACCCAUGAUUGAGAAAGGCGAAAGAGUCAUCGCCGCUUUGCCUCGCUUCUUCGCCGACCUUGACAGCGUGGCGCACGGGGGUUUACGGCCGUCACUGCUGCACGGCGACUUGUGGAUCGGCAACACUGGCGCCACUGGUGAGGGACAGCCGACCGCCUUUGAUCCUGCGAGCUUCUUCGGGCAUCACGAGUUCGAUCUUGCGCUGGCUUACAUGUUCGGAGGCUUUCGUGACGAGUUCUACCAAGAGUAUCAUCGCGCCAUUCCGCGGGCACCGUUGUUCGAAUCGAGGCAGCUGAUAUACCAGCUGUACCAGUACCUGAAUCAGCUGAACCUGUUUGGCGAUCCGCGUGUCAAGGGCAAGUGCGAGGAGCUGAUGGACCACAUCCUAUCGAUCAAGGACCCAGCGUCGCCAUUCGGCGGCAAGAGCAGCCCAAUGGCAUUAGGAGAAAGGGUUGCUACGAGAAGACACUGACGAGACACCAAGAGCCCACCUUUGCACCACUACCCCUCUCAGCACUGUCCCUGUGGUUCGAUUUGCCUACUGGCAAGGCAAGGAUGCACACACACUAGGGCUCUGCAUAUCUGCCUGUCUGCAAAUGGCAUGCAGACAGGACUGCGGGAGGGUAAAUUAUGGAAGUAUGGAUGGAUGUCUCUCGUGUCUCUUCUGGUGUUGGGAUGGGUGGAGUGUGCGUAGACUUUGAUUGACGGAGAAACGAACGUGGACGGACUCGUGUGUGCACGGUGCGUGUGGCCGAUGUGCGCUUGUGUGCAUGUGCUGCCGACGCCAUUCUGAACUCCCCCGUGUGUGUGUGUGCGUGUGUGUGUGUUGGAUGCAAUCACUUGAUGGCGA